UAAACUCCAGGUGUCUAUCAGAAGUACCCGUCCAGCGCUGGAAUCGCGAGCGGACCCGUGCCCGGGGUAGUUCUCACUCUGCUACCCGCUGCCGUCCUUGUAGCCUGGUAGCAACAUCGCCAUCUGGUGUGCCACGACUUGUUUUUUCAGCGAAGCUAAGUUUAGUUCGCAGCAAACCUCAAGAUGUCAAGGUUGUUUUCCUAUCCACCCCCAACGUGCGGGUUCCCCCCAGCUCCCAGUGGAUAGUCUGUGUGUCAUGAAAGAUUGUUUGCAACAUGUUUACAGGAAACUAUGUGACGCAACUCUGACCCCCUAAUCACCAGCAGAUGAUAGGCAAGGUCCUUAUCAAAACACCUGCUUCACCUGCAGCUCCAGCAGGUCGCCGAGUGUUUGGUGCACGUGAACAGAACUUUGCUGUGAGUCGGGUGGUCCACACCAUAACUAUGUCGUCUGAUGAGGCCAAGGUCUCCAGCCGAGUACUCGACGAAAAGAUUUCUUUGCAAGUGGAUGUAGGUGUGUGCGUGUAGGUGGGUGUGUUGAGCAUGACUGAGACGUGGUUGACCUGUCAGCCAGUGCCAGACUCGUGACGUAAAGACUGCCUGAGGGUGUGCGGCCUGUGGGUAGGACAGGUGUCAAACAGGAAGUAAGUCUGGGUAAGACCAACUCCUCACGUGUCGUUUGUGCCACUGCACCCUGCAGGGAAGCCUUUUAAAAAAGCUUCGUGUCACGAGGGUUUGAAAUUUGUAUGCGAGAGCACGGAGUGCUUACCUUUCAGGUGUCGCUAUAGACUUGUUCCAGUUUACUUCCCAUGUGAAGCGCCUGGAGGUAUGGCAUUGUAUGUUUACCUGUCCUGCGAGGGACUUGAGUGUGUUGACUACAGGUGUUAGCCUGCGGUGAAGACACGAGAACAGAGGUGAAUCACUGACGAUACCGAGGGGAUCGAGGAAUAGGCAAUUUCCAGGGUUGUGCACUUGUUUUUGCAGGUGAAAUUGAAGCCCAGGGUUACUGGCAUUGGACGCUGAUCGUACCUGUGGGGUAGCUACCAUGGACAUCCUCUGCUGGUGCUGUCUUUCGCCGGCGUGGGACGACUCCAAGGAUGGUAGCGUGCGGGAGGCGAGACUGCGGCGCACGGUGACGGCGGUGGGUGACGGCGCGUGCGGCAAGACAAGUCUGCUGCUGCGCAUGAGUCAGGACGUGUUCGUAGAGCAGGUGUACGAACCAACCACCUUCGAGUCCGACGUUGUGGAGGUCUUUCGUGGGACCCGCAAGAUGCAGUUGACCCUGCAGGACUGCGCGGGGCAAGAGACGUAUGACCGCAUGCGGCCAGUAGCCUACGCCGACGUCCACGUCAUCCUCUUGUGCUUCUCGCUGGACAACCCGGACAGCCUUGUCAACGCCGAGACCACCUGGUUCCAGGUAUACGGGUGGCCAGCCAUGGCUGUCCCUACUCCUCCAUCACCACGUCUGUGGGAAGUGACGUAUUACUGUCCCGCUGUGCCACUCAUCCUUGUGGGAAACAAGAAGGACCUUCGGGACGCCUGGGAGACGACUGAGACUAGAGACAGGCCCAUCGGAGCGACAUUUGUCACCUGUCAGCAAGGCCAGGAUGCCGCCCGCCGUCUCAAGGCUAAAGAUUACAUCGAGUGUUCCGCCAAAACCAGCGAGGGUGUCAAACGGGUACUGGGUACAUCAGUGCGGUACUCCACCUUACAGAAGGCGUGACGACCUCACCCCGCCCCGUCCUCACCUUACAGAGCUGACACCGAGAGAUUUCACAGACAAGGUAGAUGACAUGGACAGCUGUGAUGAUGCGGGUCCAGCGUCUUCUGUGUUUCAUUGAUGGCCAUGUUUUAACUUUUGCUCUGCUGGGCAUGUCGGCUCAUGUUGGGAGCGCGCGCUGCUCACGUGCUUCGGACCUACCCUCUGGGCUUUAUUAUUCAUUACCGGAAGAUCGUCAGGUAGACAACACAGUUACCCGACCUUGAGUUCUGUGAAGUUGGCCACCAGCGGACUGAGCGCAAACCACGGAACAUCAUAGGCACCCAGGGUGGACUGUAACACGAGAUCACCGACAAACCCGACAAACGCCUUUGUACAUCAGCUGACAUCACUGCGAGUGUUGGUGUGCGUGCUUCCACGUGUUAGUGUCACACCGCCUACACUUGACUGUCUUCUGUCACCAAGUCAGCUUAUCACACACACACACCCAGGACUAGUUGCACGUUUUCAAAACUUAGAGGGAGAAAAUUCAGAAACUUACAAAGUGGCUCCUGUGCCGUGUCGAUGAGUUACACAAGUGUAGAGACUGUGCUGACAGAAAGUCUGGCUUCACUCUAGAACACUGUGGACAGUGAUGUCAGGUGUGAACGUGUAUAAAACUACAAAUGUAUUGUGCAGGGGAGUGUGUACAUGUUGUAUGCAGCGGCCCACAAAAUUAGACGAGCUCUUGUUCAAGACCACUGUGAACGCCUCGCAAAACUGAUGGAAACGGUGAUUCCGCUUGAACACAGCUAACGUCAUGUGAACACAGCUGUGUGGUGUGAACACAGCUAGCAUCAUGUGAACACAGCUAGCGUCAUGUGAACACAGCUGUGUGUUGUGAACACAGCUGUGUGGUGUGAACGCAAUGUGUUAACACAGCGCCAUGUGAACACAACUUUGAUAACACACAGUGCCUUAUUCAUGUGAACACAGCUGGUUCCAUGGGACCAUCUAUGAACACAGAGAAUGUGAUAUAAACAUAUCUACAUUUUCUCUCCUAUUUCUCUCCGGAUCAUGUUAUCCCGUUAACCUUAACUGACCUCGUGUCAUGACCCUGUUAUUUCUCUCAGCCUACUGUCGUGUAGAAUGUAAUAAUCGCUGUAUUAAACAGUAAGUGUGUAAAUA